GGUCGCUGAUGGUUUUUUGCUCAAUCAAAUCAUGCUGUCAAAAUAAAGUUCAUAGUUGAAAAGCGUAAUCAUUGAACACUGCUGACAUUUGUUCUCCACCCAAGAGAUACAAAGAGGAAAGCAAGGAAUAAGAGGGAUAGAGUGGAACGAACUCUUCCUACACUCAUUAAUUAAUGACGGAUCAAAUAGUUUCUUCUCCUCUAAUUCCUCCUCCAUCUAUCACCCACUCUUCCGCCAUCGACCUUGAAGCCGGUUCCUCCGAACAAAUCCAAUGCCGGAUUUGUCUCGAAACAGAUGGCAGAGAUUUCAUUGCUCCUUGCAAAUGCAAAGGUACAUCAAAAUAUGUACAUCGAGAGUGUUUGGAUCACUGGCGUGCGGUUAAGGAAGGGUUUGCAUUUGCUCACUGCACUACUUGCAAGGCACCUUAUCAUUUGCGUGUUCAUGGUGCUGCAGAUAGGAAAUGGCGUACCUUGAAAUUUCGUUUUUUUGUCACCAGAGACAUUUUGUUUAUAUUUCUGGCAGUUCAGCUUGUCAUUGCUUCAUUGGCAUAUUUGGUUUAUCUAAUAGAUGGUUACCAGCAGUACUGGCUUCGUCUUGUUUGGGGUUUUGAUAGUGAGCCAAGCUUUUACUACAUAUGUGGAGCCCUCUUGUUUUUUGUGUUGCUUGGCCUAUCAGGAUGCUUCAUUACUUGUUAUGAUCGAAGAGUUCGCAAUGAUUUGGCACAGCCUUGUCGAGAAAUCUGUUUUUGUUGCUGUCAUCCUGGAGUCUGUGCAGACUGCCAUUUGCCGGGGACACUUUGCAUGUGGACUGAUUGCACUGCAUGCUUUGAGAGUUGUGGAACGAUGGCAACUGAAUGUGGAAGUUGCAUGGGAGGUGCUGGAGAAGCAGGGCUGCCAUUACUAUUCAUAAUGGCUUUGAUUUUUCUCGGACUCUUUACUCUAAUUGGGAUAUUUUACAGUGUAUUAGUGGCUACCAUGAUAGGACAACGAAUAUGGCAGCGUCAUUAUCAUAUACUUGCAAAAAGGAUGCUAACAAAGGAGUAUGUCGUUGAGGAUAUCGAUGGAGAGGUGUCACGGUCUGACUGGUCUCCUCCUUCUCUCCCACCGGAACAUGUUCAACAGCUGAAAUCACUGGGCCUUUUAUGAGUUUGAAUUUUGAAGAGGGAUCUACCUGCUCAGAAAAAUGACCGUAGAGUCGAGAUUGACAAUGGGAUUUGGUAAUUUGGUCUUCUAUCAGGGUGCUACAGGACUGAUCUAAUGUGAAUUAUAGUCACUCAACUGAGUUUGGUUAGAUUUGUAUGGUUGUGGUGAUAUAUUGAAAUUGGAGAGCUGCUGUUCCGUCAAAUGUAAAUAAAAUAAUAAAUAGUCGCUAGUUUUGAGAUAACGCCAGUCCAUCGUCAUACGAAGAUGUGCGGUGAAGUAACUACACAUAGUCAUUCAUACGGCCAACUUAGUGCAUGGUUGACAAAGUCACAGGGAGUAGUUGAAACUUGAAUGUAUAGUAGCACUCUUUCGGUUCCAAAUUGUCACUUUUACUUGUUUUAUUUUAUUUUAUUUUUUUUGGGCAAGUUUAAAAAAAAAAUGUAUUUCUCAUUGCUUUUUAUUAUUUGAAUUUUGCUAACACUAGUGUGACACUUGUUCAUAUCUUAAAAAUGUUGAAAGCUUUUAUUAAAGGUUGAAUUUUAAUA